AUGAAACAGACGCGAGCAACAGCGAUCCGAUCCGUGAUUACUCCGAGAUGGAGAUUUGUACAUGUAGCAGGCAUAGUUUAUCGAUUUCCAGCAUUCAAGCUGAUGACAACUGGCCGAGGGUCUUGGCGGGAGGACCGUGACGAGUCAAAGCCGCCACUGGAAGGGGAGCCAUUCUGGGGAAUCCGGCGAGCGGAUUACAGAUUUCUUGCCCUGGCAAUGUUUCCUAGGAUGACACCCGUCCGGUGAGGCGGCUUCAUGCCUUGUGCGCCUUCCGGCGCUCAUUGCCGCUGUUCCCACCGGCGGCAGAAGAGAAGCCCACCCAACCAGAGAGGCCGCUGUCGCGGCUGCUGUCUGUCGUGUCACGUUGUAUCGUGCUGACAGAACUUUUCUUCGUCUACGUCGGCGGUGUCUUCUCUCUUAUUCUCCGACGUGGUAUUGCUGUCCUCCCCCGAUCAGACUUAUUUCAUUCCAGUUCUACCCUAUUUUAUCUCAUCCUUUCUCUCUCUCUCUCGCUCUCUUUCUGAACCUGUGGUUGCUGCGUUUCCCUCGGUCGUCGCUCCCCAGGCUGGGCUUUGCUAGAAGGAAUCUAUGCGUGCCAUCAGACAACGACGACGACGACGUAAGCGGCAUUAAUCAACUCUCCCCACCAGGCGCCCCGCGGGAAGCCGCCGACUUGAAGAGAAGGAUGGCUACCCAACGGAUAUCAUAGGGUAUAUCUCAUACACGCCCCCCCUCCUCUCUCUCUCUCUCUCUCUCCCUCUUCCGGAGGGGCCACCGGAGGGAGGGGUGAGAUUCCACCUGCUAUGUUCUCCUUGGGAUAGAUAACUACUGGGUAACUACCGCGUCCUCCGCAAGACAGCAACCGAGUAACCACCCCCUCCCCCUCCCCCUUAUCCAUGCAUGUCUGAGCGUGUCGGCAAGGAUUCAACGGCAGGGUUAGAGGGGGAGUAGCCGCUCGCCAUGCACGUGGGUAGCGGCGGACAUCGAGCCCCCACCGUCAGACUGCACAGUUCGGGAGAUCAAACUCCUCUGGUUUCAACGCGUCCCCCGUUGUUCCGUGAGAGGCAGCUGAUCUACCCACAUUACGCAAUCUCUCUCUCUCCUCUCCUCUCUCUUUCUCUCUCUAUGGCCGGAGCUUGUUCAUAUAUUAUUCCCCCGAUCCAUUUCUUCGCUGAUGUCGCCUAUUCAUAUAAGAGAACGAUGCUCUCCCUUGACAAUACCGGGCGUACACGUGCCAGCCCCCCCUCCUCUCUCUCUCCUUCUCUCUAUGGGAUGAGCUACCCGUUCGAAUCUCAUGCAGUGGCUUACGUCCAAAGAAAAUGUGAGAAGAUCCGCGGAACGUGGGCGCUGGAAUAACCUAAUGGUUCCGGUGGCAUCAACUUCUACCAAGGGCCCGCCCUCGCGGCCCCACUUUUUUGACCUUUGCGACGUGCGGGAAUCCCCCUCCAGUGGCGUUGACCUUCCCCCCAGUUACCGUAGACUUUCCCACUACCGCCGCCGCCGCCGCCGCCGCCGCCAAUAGUAUAUUUAUGGCGACGAAGGAUGGCUCCCCGAAGACGACCGCCAACAACCGUGGCGACUGUCGAACUUCGGAGAGGCGUCGGCCCAUUAAAUGCUUCGAUGGGCCGAGUUUCUUGUGGGCUCUUGGUCGCAAAGGGGUGCUUGGUCCAGCUGCCGUCGAGGGGAGAGACCGUCGAACUUCGGAGAGGUGUCGGCCCAUUAAAUCCUUCGAUGGGUCGAGUUUCUUGUGGGCUCUUGGUCGCAAAGGGCUACUCGGCCCAGCUGCCGUCGAGGGGAGAUAAGGGCAGGCGAAGCGUCAUCGAACGGCGUAGAUUGUGACAACGAACUACAUCGAACGGCCCUCGCGUGGCAUCGUCUCAUUUCUUGACUCGGGGUUUUUCUCUCUCCCUUGUCUUCGUAGGCUCUCUCUUACCUUGCCCCUGUAAUCUGCUUGCUCCUCUCCUCUUCGGUCUCUGCUCCUCUCUCCCUCUCUCUAGAUAAACUAGGGUUUAUCACUCCCUCGGCAGAAUGGAGCAGCCCUCGAUUGCCCCUGGCGGCGUCCCAAACUCCGGUGCUAAUUCCUUCCCGUCUCCGAAGUCGUCGUCCUCCUCCGAGUCCUCUUCGCGGUCGUCGAAGAUGGACGGCAACGGCAGGACGGCGACGGCGACGGCGUCGAAGAAGCCGUCCCCGCCGACGCCGGAGGAGCUCGUGGCGCACUACGAGGCGCAGGGGUUGGAGCCGAAGGAGGCUUCUCUGCGCGUCAUCAGGGAGCUGCAGACUGUCCUCUAUCGAACGGUGGCGUCCGGGAGGGGGAAGAAGGACCGCUUCAUGGGCGAAACUGGCCGCAAGCUCGACAACGCCAAUGCCCGCCUCGCCCUCGUCGAGAUGAAGCUCGACGCCAAGCCGGGGUACCCGGAAUCUUUCGCCAUCGGCGUCUGCGCGGGGGCGGCGCUUAACGGCGUCGGAGCUGCGGCGCCGCAUAUUCUCGGCGGACUCCGCAAGAUGUGGGAGGCAGUCAGCGGCGCCACCAAGGACCAUUCUUCUCCCCCCUAGAGCUUCCCAUCGCCAUCCCCUUUCUCCUAAGGUUUCUUACCCUUUGUUCAUAACAUGUAUUCUCUGCAUGAUUUACGCUUUUCGGGGGGAGGGAGAAGGGGGGAGGAGCUUGAUGGGGCUGCGAGACUGGUCGAAGGCUAAAUCUGGAUCUCAAAAUUUGGUGGUCGCAUCGUGCCGUGUUUGCCCGGGCGGUGUUUCUUUCUCUCAACCCUUGCGUGUGUAUGCAGCAGGGAAUCACCGAAGACUCUCCCCCUCUCCGCCCCUGAGAAAGCGUGAGGGAGGUCUUGAUCCUUGGUCCGCGGGGAACGAAAUGCUGCGAUUUUCCCACAACGGGCUGAUGAUGAGCUGCAGAACUAGGAGAGUACGAUCCGGGUCCUAACAGUUCCGUCGACACCUCGUCCGGUCGACGGAGACCGAGAAAUCGGGGAAGGAUAGGUGGAUGAGUGCGGUUCAGGCUGCAUCGUCCACGGAGAAGGUUCGGUUUCCAGUUCACGAAGAGGAUCACGCCGGCCUCGAAUUGGGUGGGAUGAAGGGAGAGGACGUGCCCUGGUUGACGAUGUUUGUGGGCGUCCGCCCUGAACAUGUGAGUCUUGAAGGGCCCCGUAAUCAGCUCAUCCGUGAUGAGGCGCGCGCUGACCUGGGAACUGGAACCGAAAACUCUGGUCCCGUGCGCAGAUAAACGAAGAAAGGUAAUCGUGCGACUGGAAACUGAUUAGUUGGGUACAGCAUCUGUAUGAUUUCGUGCUUGUACUGUGAGGCGGUUUUGGGAUGAUUCUGAAAUCUAACAAGGGUAUUUCCUAUUUCCUGCUAGUCGGAAUGGCGAUGGGCCGUGACGGCAGGCGCAGGGGCCCGAAUCAUCCCCUCACGUCUCCUUCCUCCCACGUUGUGCACGCGGCCUCUCUCCCCUCUCGUUCUCGAGUGAGCUCGGGCGCUGCGCAUCAGGCAUGCUGAGUAGAAGUGGCUCGUGUUGCCGAGUCCUGCGGAGGCGGGUGGCCGUCAACGUGUCCCGGUGCUACUCUAGGGUCUCCCCGCCACCGCCUGCUCCGGCGACGGUCAUCAGGGUCUCCAAGAACAACUUGGCCUUCCUGGGCCCCCCAAAGGAAGGCCCUAAGCCAAGGCAGCUCCUUGCGCUGCCCCCGUUUCCCGCAGACGGCUCCAACCCUCUGCCUGGUAGGAAGAACUUCCCCCCGGCGGAUGAGCCGGGGCGAGCGGCCGCCAGGGUCACCGCAAUAACCUGGGCUAAGCACUACUUCUCAGAUGUCCCCCCCGCCGUCAUCCAGAGCCAUUUCAACAAGGGCCUGGUGAGUCCCAUCCGCUAUUUCUCAGGCUUGCCCAUCUCCCCGUCUUUUUUGCCGAUGAUCAGCGUCGAUAUUCGUUCAAACUUGCUCGCGUACCACGCACCCAUCAGAGAAAUGCGACGAUCCUCCCCCAAUCUGCAAGAUAUGAAUAGCACUAGCGCCGAUUCUCCCUUCGCCUGGUUUCUGGACAUCGUGCCUGAACCUCAUUCUGGUUGGAGGCUCUGGUUUUCCCUUUCCCCCAAAACCUUGGGAAAAGACAACAUCUAAUGCUUCCUUACAAAAGAGACCAAGUAUUUGCUCCUCCGGCGUUCGUAGCUUUGGGUGUUGACUGCAGAUUCUGCGUAGCUCAAGGGUUUGAGAUAUUCCACAAACUCCGGAGAUACAAAUUCCACUUGGGUUCUUUUCUUCUCCUAUUGCUCUCCCGUCAGGAUGUUAAAUUGAAAAAAAACAAAACAACAACGGGGCAGAUGAUGUAGCGAUAUGGGAACCAUGCUUGUCUGAAUAUUGUGGUUAUUGCUUCAUGGUCUGCGUAAACACAUACACCCACUGAAUGCCGAUGUGCGCGUAUUGGCAUCGGUUGUGAAUUGGAUUAAAACCAAAAACCGGGACUUUUCUUAACUGAUUAGGGGCGUAAUGAUAGCAAUUUAUGCGCGGUAUUGGGCAUCCCACGCUGAGUAUUCCUUGCUUUACAUAGUUUGAGCUCACGUGGGUUCUCUCUUCCACUGUGGAUUAGGUCCUGGCGGCGCGUCCUGAUCAUGAAGCAGCGUCCCUUGGGAAGCAAAGGUCGAUUCCGAAGACGAGGGAGGUAAUAUCAGUUAGUUACUCUAUGGUUUUGGUCGCUCAUUUUACUGGCGGUGCACCGCAGACAAUAUUGCUCGAUUUUAAGCAUACCGAUGUAGUCCACAGUUGGCUGGAUAAUCUUGCUCGUUUCUCCCUCGUGAUAUUUUCCCUAAUAUGAUGUGUUUGUUAUAUGCCCCGGUGGACAUCUUUUAAAAACACUUGGAAGAAACCUACUACUGAUAUUGAUCUUGCAUUGCUCUGAGGCAUGGGGCACAUUUUUUACUUGCUCUGAGGAAGUUUGCCAAUCUAUUUACAGAUCAAACAUAACGAAACAAUGGAGCCCGGCAUGCAGAUUUUCAUGCCGGUGUCUGUUGCAGAGAUGAAAAUUUCGAGAAGAUAUGAGACCAUCCCAACCACGACUCUCAAUCCAAACGCUGACGAAAUCGAGUACUUACAGAGGCUUGUGGCCUACCAGGCACGCACCCAUUCUCUAUGCACGCUACCAUGGUGGAUUUCUUUGCACGUUACCCAUUCUACCAUGGCAGUAUGGUUCUAAAGAUGGUGGCAUCUUGGAUAUCUCUCUGGUCAGCUCCCUUUUGUUGACAUGAAAAUAUUAUGCUUGCAGGAUUCUGCCAUAAUUGUGCUGAACAAGCCCCCAAAAAUGCCCGUCAAGGUCAGCGUCUCAGAAUGGUUUUGCAGAGUGAGGUUAUGCGUCUUCAUGUUGUUUCAUCCCCGGGCACAUGUAUUUUCAGGGAAGCCUGCCCGUUCACAACGGCAUGGAUGUUUUGGCCGCUGCGGCAUUGUCUUAUGGCAAUGAGGAGGGUCCCAAAUUGGUAAGCUGUUGGAUGCCUGAUGUGUGAUGCAUCUGGGAGCAUUUUUUUCUACUCCAGCCAUUUCCAUGCUUACGAAUCCCUCCGCCUUCUCUGUGUUGUUCCUUUUAUAUUUCCCAUAUCGGCAUUGAUGGGCAGGGAGAUAAAUACCUGCCGUUCAUAUUCACAACAGUGUCUCGCCAGUGGUGGGCUCAAGAAUCUCCUUUCUUUUUUGUGGCAAUUCGCCAGCAUCCCUGCUUCUGAGUCUUUCCCUGUUGGUCAGGUGCAUCGGUUGGACGCAGAGAGCAGCGGCCUACUCUUGAUGGGCAGGACGAGAGAAAGCACUGCGUGGUUUCAUUCGCUCUUCAGCAGCGUCCGUCAUGCGAAAUCGUCUUCGGAGGUACUAAUCAGCGUGGAAUCUUUACCUGUUUCCUUGAACUCACUUAUCCAAAAUACCCUGUGUUCGGAAAAACCGAAAUGGAGAAUACCUCGAGCUACCUCCUUGGAGAAAUUUAAAUCCGCCCUUCAGUGCUUGGAGAAACUCCUCCGCACCCCCCACCCCCUCCUGUCAUGAAUGGUGUACCGAUUUAUGGAGGUUGGAGUGCCGAUCCUCCCCUGUAGACUUUCUUUAAUUCAUAUUUUUCUAUAAAAAUUACCCUGAAAGAGAAGAGAAGGGAUUAUUUUUAAAGUGGUGAAAAAUAUUUUAGUGUUCAUUUUUGGGGGAGUGAAUGUGGAUGAAAGCUAUAAGAGCGUGAACCGUUUGUUCAUUGUCCGGGUGCAUCUAUGGAGGAGUGUACAGAGUGGAGACCAUUUCUUGACCUUUACUGUGCCAUCUUUGAGUCUUGCCAGUCAUGGGAUCUUUCUCCUCAGAUACCCGUCGUUUUUUUUUUAAUUUUCGUCGAAUUUUCCAAUCGUGCCCUAUUAUUAUUAUUUUCUUCAAUUUUUUUGUUGAGUUUUUACUGCUGAUGUUUCCUGAAUGAUGAUCUGCCACCGGCCAAUUUCCUAGAUUUCGAAUGGAGCCCACAAAGCUACGGUCCAGAAGUACUGGGCGUUGGUAAUUGGCCGCCCCAAGGAACCGGAGGGGGUCAUCUGCGCUCCACUUUCAAAGGUGGUCUUUUUUUCUUUCUGGUUUCCUCGGGUUCUCUCCUCGUACUGUUCUAUCGCCUGCCCUACAAUCUAUGUUGAAGCAGUUGAAGAUUACCCAAUGACAUUAGUUGCCAACGUGAGGUGUGAAAUCGAUCCGCAGUGGGGAUAUGGAGAAGGCCUUCUGCGUGGAGUAAUGCCUUGAGAUAUGUGCAUCGAUGGCAGCGACAUGAGAUGACAGAUGCAUGCUUUUUAAUUUCAGGUGCUGCUAAGUGGCGGUAGGACGGAGAGAGUCAUCCUUGCCCACCCCUCCGGCAUUGAUGGCCACCGAGAUGCGGUGACGGAGUAUCGAGUGCUGGGGCCGACCAUUAAUGGCUGCUCCUGGGUCGAACUGCACCCGCUGACCGGUCUAAAACACCAGGCAUGGCUCACUGCAACCCCUCUCUGCCCUCGAGUUGAUCUCAGUUCAUAUUAUUCACGUAUAGAAAUGAUUCAGAGAUCAAUCUACGAGUGCCAUGCUGAAGCCGGAGUCCUGGUUAAAUCCCGUAUCGCGUACAAAUCUCGUGGAGCUACGCCCUCUGAUGAUGACUUUUCCCUUUUUUUUCUAGAGUAAAUCGCAUAUUCUUCAGUUUCAUAGGUCAACGGAAGAGCCGGUCUUCGAUGAUAGGGGCUAUGUUGCUUUGGAGACCCGUUCAUUUGGCAUUAUUUCGGCGGAGAUGGCAUGGUUCUUACGCUCGGCUUUCUUUUGAACCCACCAGCUCCGAGUGCACUGCGCGGAAGCGCUGGGCACCCCGAUAGUUGGCGACUACAAGUAUGGGUGGUGCGCCCAUCAACGGUGGAAGCAGAUGCCCCAGGUAGACUACGAGCCGGUGACUGGUGAGGCUUACAGGCUAAGGAGACCCGAAGGCUUGGCCGUCCAGAAGGGGAGCGUACUCUCCAAGGUUCCCUUGCUCCACCUUCACUGCCGGGAGAUGGUGAUCCCGAAUGUCGCAAAGGCUCUCAGGCUUGGCCGCGAAGGUGGUCCGUCGCCUGGCGGAACUGGUGAUCUUCUCCGAUUCGUCGCGUCGAUGCAUUCCCACAUGCAGAUUAGCUGGAACGUCAUGUCCUCAUAUUUGGUCUGAAUAUAUGUAUAUAUACAUAUCUAGAGGGAGAGAGAGAGAGACGUUCGCAAUAAGUGCAUGAUUUUGUCCGACGUCCGUUCUCUUCGAAGCACUUGCGAGGGAUGAUCGUCUUCCAGGUUUUCCCCCCAGAUUGCUGCCGGUUGGAGAGCGGCACAGGUGAUACGGACGGUUGAUUCGGGCGAGCCAACAUUCCAGCCACCGGGCGAUUCUCUCUCUGCCCGUCAUUGCCUCAUAUUUGGUCUGAAUAUAUGUAUAUAUACGUAUCUAGAGAGAGAGAGACGUUCACAAUUAAGUGUUUGCUUUCUCCGAGGAACCUAAGGAUGGAUAUAAUAUACUCCUCUACUGUCUCCCUCUCUCUCUCUCUCUGUCUCUGUCCCCUUUGACUGCCACCCGAAGGCAAGCAUGUCAGCAGAACAGAAGAUGUAACUUUAGUAAUGCUCUGGCGAGUACGAUGAACUUCUAGUUAGUCUAUGAGAGGGCUCGUGGGAGCACGGUUCUCGGCCAUCCUGGAAUUCGCGUCACGCAGCAGGCGCUAGUCAACUAAGAGUGACCGACCUUCCGACAGGUAGGCGCGAUGAACAGUCAACGUAUGGAAGAACCCGGAUCGAUCCGAUGGUAGGUUCAUCCAUCUCGCUUCGAUUCUUCCGCGGGCGUAUUGCUUACUUGGCACACAUGGGGAAGUGCGGCAUUCUUGCGAAUAACAAAAGGAACGCCGACGCGGACUUUCUCUUGUGGCAUUAAGCGGGCCCACCAUAUUGUCUCGCACUAGGAGGGCCCUGGGCCAGUGGAAAUGACCGUCUUUUGUUGACUCGACUCUUAACAUUUGAGAAAUAGAAGGAACAUAUCCCCGGAAUCUGGUCAAGACGACAAUCCCGACCGUGGUUAAGGCCGGUGUUAUCCUAACACAGCUCUCUCUCUCUCUCUCUCUCUCUCUCUCUCUCUCUCUCUCUCUCAAUUGCGAGUUUAAUACAUGACAACGACGAUGGGGUUUGAAAAUAAAUCCGAGUGGAAUUUGGAAGGGGUGAAGAGCGGGGAAGGGCUCCUUGAUUAUCGGCGUAACACUCGCCGCUACCUCAACGUCCCUUAGUAAACGUUCAAACUACCUCUCCCUCUCAUCGGAGUCCCCGACUCUGCGGAUCCCCUCUCCUCCUCUCCCCUUAUAAGUACCGCCCCUCCCCCUCCUCCCCUCCCGUCGCCAGGCAUUCAUUCACCUCACCAGAUCGCGAAGAGUUCCUGCUCUCUCUCUCGCUCUCUCAGAAGCCAGCCAGCCUAGUCUCUCUCAAGGUGAUAGAAGAAGGAAGAGGAUGUCGAGCGCGAUGAAGAAGGUGGAGAUGGUGCGGCAGAUCGUGAAGCUGAAGCAGGUCAUGGGUCGGUGGAGAAGCCUAAGCCUUCGCCCCCACCAUCGCGCCUCCCUGGCUUGCGAGGACGACGCCGGCUCUUCCUCGGGUCGGCCCAUCCCGCCGGGUUUCCUCGCCAUCUACAUUGGGGAGGAGCGGCGCCGCUUCAUCAUCCCGACUCGGUUCCUAAAUUUCCCGGUAAUCACCUCCCUGCUGAAGAAGUCAGAGGAGGAGUUCGGCUACAACUUCUCCGGAGGCCUCGUCCUCCCUUGCAGCGUCGACUUCUUCCGGCUGGUUCUGCAGCUCCUGGAGAAGAACGAGGCCAAAUACAAACUGUUCAGCAUCGAAGACUUCGUGGAGCUUAGCGGAACCGGUGGGAUCGAGGACCCCGAUCCCUUCUCCUGCAGGGACGACGUCGCCGCCGACGAUCGUUACAAUGGGUUCUCGCCGCUGCUCCAGAAUGCUAGGGUUUGAUAACCCAAGAUCAAUCCCCCCUCCCUUUUUGUUUGAAGAGCCCCCAGGAAUGUGUAUGUAGACGGCGAGAGGCGUUUCUUUAGGGUUUUAAUGUCUGUCGCCCGUUUCUUCUCCUGGUUGCACCGCCAUGCUUGAAAACCCCAUGUUCGCUUCCCCGCAUUCCGGAAGGAAUAAAGCGUUGGAGCCUCAACGAGAUGCCGGCCUUGUCUCUCCGUUACAUACUUCAAAGAUUGGAUUCCCUUUUUCGCGGUCAGCGCCACCAUCGGCUGCUCUCUUUCCCUCGCGAUAAUGCCGCAGUGAUGUAGCGACGCCUUUGAACCGUUCUGCAACGUGGUGCACUCUACUCGAACGGAGGAGCGCGGGGAAGCCGCCGUGGGGGCACGAUUUCUCCGGCGAUCUGCCAUCCUGCUCCUCCGCUCAUUAUCAUCAUCAUCAUCAUCAUCAUCAUCAUCAUCAUCACCAUCAUAUACUUCUGUCUAUAUUCUUCCUCCCCUCCUGUCUCGACGGCAGCGAUCACUGGGACGCAGCGCCGUUCCCCCGUCGCGAAGUUCUUCCGACCGGAAGAGCCCCCCGACUUGCUCAGCAUCCUCGCCGGACUGAUCCGAUCCGAUCGCCGAUCGCCGGCGAGAAGCUGAAAUCUCCGGAGCAAGGAUUCCUGGUGCAUUCCUGCUUAUGCGUAGCUUCUCGCUGUGAUAAAUUAAUAAUAUUGAUAUAAGCAUUUGUUUGUUUUUAAAACAUUCAAUAUGCAUAUAAUUAAAAGGAAAAGAGUUACAGAACCCAUGCAGGCCCACGGCAAAGGAAAGGUCAAAAGUCAGCGAAAGGAUACAAUCGUUAUUAUGAAACGUAUCAGGGGGUAUAAAAGUCUAUUCUCUCGCGCUAGGGUUUCUCUGGGAGUAUAAGAACUUUAGGACGGCUGAUUUCUUCGUCCCUCGACGGCGAGUCUGAUCGUCUGCAGUGUGAGAAGGUAGAGGGAGAGGCAGGGAGGGAUGGGUGUCUUCACGUUUGUGUGCAGGAGUUCUGGUUCGGAAUGGUCGGCGAAGCAGAUCACCGGCGACCUGGAGGCCUCGGCGGCCUCAACCUAUGAGCUGCAGAGGAAGCUGGUCCAGGCCGCAGCCGCGGCUGAUUCUUCCGGUGGGGUUCAGUCGUCCUUUUCCCUGGUCACCCCCGUCUCCGCCGUCUUCCAGGUUGGCGAACUUUCUUCAUCCGCUAAUCGUAUCAGUUCCCCCGUUCUUUUCUUAUUCUGUGGUAGUCUAAUUAAAUGAGGAUUUGGAUUGAGGAAGAGUGCCCGCGCCCUGUCUUUAAUCAUCGGCUGAUGUCGGAGAGAAAUGUGCUGGUAGUUGCCCCCUCGCGAGCGCCGUAUCUCCGACACUCGACGAAUGUCAAGUAGACGCCUAAACGAGGAGAUCGAACGAUCAAACCGAGAAGCAUGUUUUACUGUGCUGGUUGACGAUGACCUUCAAAUUUUAGUUGCUUAUACUUGUUUCUGUCUGUUGAUAUCGGUAGGAUCAGGCGAGAAAACGCCUUACUCAUUGCUGGCACAGCUUUUCUUUCGGGACAUGGGGGAAUAUAGAUAACUGUAUCUGGAUCGCCUGUGAAAAUCUCACCAGUUACCUCAAACUGGUUAUAAUAGUCUCCCUUGAAUGUUAUGAAUCCGGUGAUUGGCCUGAGGUGAAUUUCCAGCGCGAAUCUAUGAUGGGGUUACAGUUUUGGAGAAGAUGCGGCAAUGAAUGGUUUGGAGUUCCAGAGUCUUGCGUUUUGGGUUUAUACAUGAGAGAAGUCGAACGAUGCUCUCGAAAAUGUAUUUCAUGCAUUUUACGAGUGGAGGAGCACAUCGGGGCCAUUGUUCUAUUUAGACUUGGAUCUACGGAAUUCGAGAGCGAUGUAGGGACAUUUUUCCUUCAAGAAUCUUCAUCAGUUCUUGAUCUGUGGCUGGCGUAGAAAAGCUGGUUAGAAUGUAUGGUUUUCGUUCUCGUUGCUUCCGCUCCAAGAACGCGGCUUGAUCAUGAGAAAUACAGUAUUAGAUCUUGCUCGGAGCUGGCGAAUGAAACAUCUUCACCGUGAAUGAUAUCAGUAAUAUGAAUUUAUCUUCUGUCAUGGGAGUUUGUGGGAAUGCCAAGGGGCUACGGCAUUAGCUGCUGAUGCGUCUGACGCUCUUCGUGCUGCUGGACUUAGGUGAUUAUUGGCGGCGGUGGCGGCGGCGGCGGCUUCAUUGGCGGAGGUGCCGCAGGUGGCGCAGCAGCAGGUGCGGCGGGCGGUGCAGCUGCCGCAGAGGCUCCUCCCGCCGAAGAAAAGAAGGAAGAGAAGGAGGAGAGCGACGACGACAUGGGCUUCUCCCUCUUCGAUUAGCCUUCUUCCCUCUUUCGGCUAUUUUAAUCCAGAAAUCUGUAGUUGCGGGUUUUGGUGAGGAUUCUUCUUUAAAUUAUUAUCCCAAGAAAUCUUUGAUUCCGAGGUGGCUGUUCAGCUCUUUUCCAUCCAGUUUGAAAUAUUUUGGCGCCUAAAUUAGUUCAGAACAAACCUUGCUUCGAGAUAUUUGUGGUUGAUCCAAGGUCUCAGAAAUCCUCCUCAAGAACUUGGGGAGGUGUCAGUUGGUCAACCAUCAAGAAUGCGGCUGUGUACCAUUAUGGGUUUUCUCCAUGUCCCUGAAAUCUAUGGUCUUAGAUGCUUGCAUCGAUCAUAUAUCCAUGUGUUUAUAUAUGUAUAUAUAUAGAUGUGUAAAUGUAUUAUUUACCAUCUUUGUCAAACCAGUUCACAUCUAUUGAUUGAAAGCAACUUCAGCGGAAAUGUUGCUUGCAGUACCACGGACCACCUGUAGCUAACCAAGGGAGGUCUUAAUUCCACCUGGUGUCAUCUGGAGGACCUCUGAGAACUGCUGUCAAUGGCAUCUUUCAACAACCUCUUCGAGCUUGGUGUCUCAUGGAUGCUGAUAACGCAGAGACAAUCGCCAUCCAGGAAACACAGAAAGCAAUUGAAACGAUGGAGUCUGUCAGAGCAAUUAGGUGAGGUGAGAAACGGAACUUUCUCCAUGGCCAUUCCCGAUUCCUGAUGCCCCUACGCUAGUUUCUGUUAGCUGGCUUGACAGCUGCAAGUAGACAGAGAGAGACAGAGAGAGGGGUUGGGGAGAUAACAUUUGAUGAUGUUGUGGUCGUCAACAUGGGAAGAGAAGGGGAGCCCCAUCCCUCUGCAGUUUGCUCUCAGAGAAGCCCAAUUUGCUCAUCUUUUCCUCGCACCACAGCACUUGCUCCCUGGUGAUACUCACCAUUCUGAGAACCCUCGACACGACCCUGAGGUCGAUGAGCCCAAAGAGCAAUUCCACGUCCUCCAGCGCAGCCGGCCAGGAGCUCGACUGCUUCUUCCAGCCCUUCCUCUUCCUGAGGAGUUCCUUCAGCUUCAUCUCCCUCUGCAACAGCAUCAGGGCGGCAAUGUCGAGGCCAGCCGGCAGCCGGUGAGAAAGAUCCCGUCUUUAUUAGAACCCAACCAUGCCCACUAGUCCUUUCCACCAAGUGCACGGAUUAUUUGGAAAGAAGAAGAAGAAGGGGAACGGGCAGGUGUACCUUAGAAAGAGAGGUCCGAGCCUGCUGGAGAGCGGCUGCACAGCCAUGCCGUGCCACCGACGUCGCGCCCCCAGACGCCUUGGCCUUCUCUGCCUUCAAGAAAAGGCGAAAGAUCAGGACCGACUCCCCUAUAGCCUUCAAGAGGUCCGCGGCAAGCACAGGAGAAUCCAUAUCGCCGCGUUCCUUGUCCUCCAGCUCCAACCCUGGGAAUGGACGUUGAAAAGCUCCAAGUCAACCGAAUAUAACUCGCGACUUCUCACACAGAAGAACGAAAAUGGCCGAAAUGAGACCCGUACAACAACAGGUAAAAGUUGUCUCAAUCGCCACCUUGGAAGGAAGGGACCUGAAGCAGCUUGGGCAUGGCCAGCCUGGCGCGAGCAUAGAUCUCCGCCCUGGACCCGGGUUCAAAGGGCUCGUUCUCUACGAAUCUCUGUAGCAGGACCUGGAACUGUUGGAACGCCUGCGCAGAGGAGCAGUAGGAGAGGGAGUUGUCGGCCUGCACCAGUGUCUUCUGCCUCAGCUGGGUGUACUGGCAGUGGAGCGCCUCCCACGUCAGAGAAAGAUGGGCGGCAUAGGCCAUCUCGAGACUCUGGAGGGAUUCUUCCGCUUCAUCUUGCCGCUGAUGGAGGCGUUGACUUUCUUCCGCCAGCUGAUCCCUCCUCUUGAAGGAGAGGCGGCGAUAACCGGAGACCAGGCGUCUGGAUGCAGCAGCUCGCUCGGUCCCACGAUGCUCUGGAGGAGAUCCAAGAAGCUCAAAUAAGACAGAUGUCUUCAGAACGUGCAACACGAAUGAACUGUCGACAGCGGAUGAAACACGGGAUCCAAGUGUGAAACAAAACUACCACAGAUUAUUACGAUCGAAAGCGGUGUCGAGAUGGAGGAUCUGGACGGGUGCCCUAUUCACGCAGAGCCACCCGAAGAAGACGGAGACAGAGGAGGAGGAGCACCUGCGUUCUGGGAAUGCUGCGCGAUGAUCCUCUCAAAGAAGAGCAUCCGUUCACCGUACUCGCCGUAGAGGGUGCUGAACCCGCACCAUGGAAAGACGUCUUCCACCUCCGAUUCCCUCCACUGCCUGGAGCUCAACCCCCUCUCUCCCUCCUCCACCUCCUCCUCCUCUUCCUCCCCUUCUGGGCAGGGCUCUUCAGGUAUUAGAACCAUGCAACUGUUUUUCUUCAGCUCCCUCAGCCGCCUCUUAA